AUGAUACACGUGGAAUUUGUGUGGAUGUACUAUGACAUUGCUAAGAGACCUGGACAAGAGAGAGUAAAAAUGGGUCCAUCAAACAAAACUGAAAUGGGUGCCGCAGAAUUGGAGGCACUGAAGCGUCAACUCAAAUGUAUAAACAAGCGUUGCACUUAUGGUAAAACUCUGUACACUGCGAUGGAAAAGGUGUGUGAAUUCUAUGAUGUUGAUUAUGAACCUGGGAAAGAGGUUUGCUCGGCAUGUUUAAAAAAAUAUUUUAAUCAAUAUAAAUUUCCCGAAAUGGAAUUGAAGGAGGGACAGGAGAAGAAAAACCCAGCAAGCAACUUCAAAGAAAAAAUACAAAAAUCUUAAAAACAAUUUUAUGUUCAUAAAAAUAAUACCCAUCGUAUUAAAUAAUACAUUUUUUUUUUUUUUUUUAUUAGUGUUUAACCUUUCUAGAAAUUCAUUAUAUUAGAGAAGUCUAAAAAUGUCAAAUAUAUUUUGAAUAAUAAUU